UAUUAUUUAGAUGGCACUCUGUCGGGAGGGAUUGGAUGGUGCCUCCCUGCACAAAUGCCUUGUUUAUUGGAACUUCCUUGGAUUGUUGACAUUUGGUCCGAACGGUCAGAUAGAAAGACCUUUUGUUUGGAAGGAAGAACAAACAAUGCCGAAGCUGUUCUUCUCUUGAAUGUCUUCUUAUGGACGGAGCCAGAGACUGACCGCUACCCAAUGUCCAGUUGCUUCUCUUUGACCUCUGCAGCAGAAGAUCGGACCCAAACCUUUUCUGAUGGUGUCCUAUAAGCAUUGAGCAGGCCAGCAUGCUCUUCCUCCUCCUCUUCCUGGCUUUCUGGGGUCUUCAUCUUCUUCCCAAAGCGGCUGCCAUCUAUCAAAGGCCCACCGGGACCCCCGGCCCCCCUGCCCCGCUGCGCUUCCUCCGUCCGCCGUCCGUCCCGUGGGUGAGGGUCCGGCGGGGGUCCGUGGCCUUGCUGCCCUGCUUCCUUGUGGCCGAACUGCCCCCGGGAGGACGGGUGCGCUGGAGCCGGGUGGAGGCCGCAGCCUUCCUGGAGGUGGUCAUCGUGGUCUGGGACGGGGUCCGGCACAAGAGCUACGGGCCGCUGGGCAGCCGGGCCAGGCUCAAGGGGAGGGGCCCGCUGGACGCCUCGCUGGCCCUUGACCCCGUGGCCUUGGAGGACGAGGGCAGGUUCCGGUGCCAAGUGGUCAGCGGCCUUGAGGACGAGAGCAUUGCCCUGGACCUCCAGCUGGAAGGUGUGGUCUUUCCCUACCAAUCCAUUGAAGGCCGCUACAAGUUCAACUAUUUUGACGCCAAGAAGGUCUGCCAGGAGCAGGACGCCCGCCUGGCCACUUACGGGCAGCUCCAUAAAGCCUGGAGCGAGGGGCUGGACUGGUGCAACGCGGGGUGGGUCCUGGAGGGGGGCGUCCACUACCCCAUCGUCCGGCCCCGGGAGCCCUGUGGGGGCCGCUCCCUCCCCCCGGGGGUCCGCACCUACGCCCACAGGGACGCCCGGCUCCACCGCUUUGACGCCUUCUGCUUCACCUCCGCCAUCACAGGCCGCGUCUCCUUCAUCCGGGGCCACUUCACCUUCCGGGAGGCGUCCCAGGCCUGCGGUGCGGAGGGAGGGGGGGCCUCCCUGGCCAAGGUGGGGCAGCUCCUGGGGGCCGGACACUUCCCCCCUUCCUCCUCCUCCCCCCGGCUGGACCCCUGCAAAGCGGGGUGGCUCCAGGACGGCAGCGUCCGCUUCCCCCGGGUCAUCACCACGGAGACCCCACGGCCCCCCCACUGCGGGGGCGUCCACGACCCUGCCCUGCGCGGCCUCGGCUUCCCCAGCAAACUGCGCAGGAAGUACGGCGCCUACUGCUACCACCCCAAGUAGGCAUUCCCUUACCUACCUGCAGACACCCUGCCUCUCUCCAUGCUCACAGGAGAACAUGUAUCUGUGUGUGUAUGUCUCUACCUGCAGACACCUUGCCUCUCUCCAUGCUCACAGGAGAACAUUUAUCUGUGUGUGUAUGUCUCUACCUGCAGACACCCUGCCUCUCUCCAUGCUCACAGGAGAACAUGUAUCUGUGUGUGUAUGUCUCUACCUGCAGACACCUUGCCUCUCUCCAUGCUCACAGGAGAAUGAAGUAGCAACUGCUUAACAGGCGGGAAGCACACAACACUGAAAGAACUGCAUUCUGUAUUUUUCUCUCUACCUGCAGACACCUUGCCUCUCUCCAUGCUCACAGGAGAACAUGUAUCUGUGUGUGUAUGUCUCUACCUGCAGACACCUUGCCUCUCUCCAUGCUCACAGGAAAAUAAAGUAGCAACCGCUUAGCAGGCGGGAAGCACACAGCUGUACGGCCAAUGAUCUUCAGCAUUGAAAGAACUGCAUUCUGUAUCUCUCUACCUGCAGACACCUUGCCUCUCUCCAUGCUCACAGGAGAAUGAAGUAGUAACUGCUUAGCAGGCGAGAAGCACACAGUAGUACGGCCAAUGAUCUUCAGCAUUCUGUAUCUGUCAACCUGCAGACACCUUGCCUCUCUCCAUGCUCACAGGAGAACAUGUAUCUGUGUGUCUAUGUCUCUACCUGCAGACACCUUGCCUCUCUCCUUGCUCACAGGAGAACAUGUAUCUGUGUGUGUAUGUCUCUACCUGCAGACACCUUGCCUCUCUCCAUGCUCACAGGAGAACAUGUAUCUGUGUGUGUAUGUCUCUACCUGCAGACACCUUGCCUCUCUCCUUGCUCACAGGAGAACAUGUAUCUGUGUGUGUAUGUCUCUACCUGCAGACACCUUGCCUCUCUCCUUGCUCACAGGAGAACAUGUAUCUGUGUGUCUAUGUCUCUACCUGCAGACACCUUGCCUCUCUCCAUGCUCACAGGAGAACAUGUAUCUGUGUGUCUAUGUCUCUACCUGCAGACACCCUGCCUCUCUCCAUGCUCACAGGAGAACAUGUAUCUGUGUGUGUAUGUCUCUACCUGCAGACACCUUGCCUCUCUCCAUGCUCACAGGAGAACAUUUAUCUGUGUGUGUAUGUCUCUACCUGCAGACACCCUGCCUCUCUCCAUGCUCACAGGAGAACAUGUAUCUGUGUGUGUAUGUCUCUACCUGCAGACACCUUGCCUCUCUCCAUGCUCACAGGAGAACAUUUAUCUGUGUGUGUAUGUCUCUACCUGCAGACACCCUGCCUCUCUCCAUGCUCACAGGAGAACAUGUAUCUGUGUGUGUAUGUCUCUACCUGCAGACACCUUGCCUCUCUCCAUGCUCACAGGAGAAUGAAGUAGCAACUGCUUAACAGGCGGGAAGCACACAACACUGAAAGAACUGCAUUCUGUAUUUUUCUCUCUACCUGCAGACACCUUGCCUCUCUCCAUGCUCACAGGAGAACAUGUAUCUGUGUGUGUAUGUCUCUACCUGCAGACACCUUGCCUCUCUCCAUGCUCACAGGAAAAUAAAGUAGCAACCGCUUAGCAGGCGGGAAGCA